UUUGCUUUUCAUUUUGUUAUCCAACAAAAACUCCAUUUUCAUGGCUCGCUGCAAUCUCUCUCUUCAAUGGGGGUUUUAAACCCAUAGAUUUAUCGCUUCAACUUUGUUUCCUUACUCACAAACUCUUCAAUUCUUCCUAUUACUUUUUUUUUGGGGGGGACAUGGGGAAGAAUCAAGCGUAUAAGGCGAUGCAGAGAUCAAGGGUGGGCUCGACCUCAGGCGGCCCCGACGACGUGGAUGACGGCAUGGUGGAUGGUUCAUUUCAUUCACCAGAGUGGCAUGCAGCUCGUUUAGCCAGCCUCAAAACUUCUCAUACGGUUACUUGGGAAGAGUACAAGAAGAAGCAAAAGGAAGAAGAAAUGAAAAAAGGGGAGUUAGAAGCUGACAAAGAUAGAAUGAUGCGAGAAUAUCGGGCUCAACUAGAUGCAGAAAGGGCAAGCAAGCUCGCCCAUGGAAGAAACCACUCAAAAAGUAAAUCUACUCAGAGGAAGGAUAAGGACAAAGAUCUGAAGAAGCGCACCAACAAGAAGAGAAAGCAUUUGAGAAGAUCUUCUGAGUCUAGCUCUUCAAGUUCAUCAUCUGAAUCCUCAAGUAGUGAUGAUGAUUCGAGAGAAUCAAGAAGGUCAAAGAGAAAGAGGAAAGACAAAAGGCACAGAUCAAAAUCCAAGCAUGAUGAAGAGGCAGAUGGCCCUUUGCCACUUUCGAGGUUCUUUGGGAGCACAAAAAGCUGAUGUAAUGUGUUUUUGAUUAUGUGUGAGGUUGAUUAUUUGCGCUGCAAAUGAUGUAAUGCCAAAUCAUCUAUUUUCGACUUCUUUCUGCUAAUACAGGAUAUGAUUAUGUUCUACAGUGUAGCAUCCUGUAACUGUGAAUUGAAAUUGUUGAAGAUUUGUAGACUCAUAAUUAAAAUCGUUCAUUGAGGUCAAGUAAAAGUUUGUUUCCU